GUGGUCUUUUGAAGUAGUUCCUCAACACACUCACACACACACACACAGCCGCCAUGAUGUCAAACGAAGAGGAGCUGCCCCCGGUCGACCCCGAGCAGAUGAUAGUGUUGAAGAGGGCGUUCGACAGCUUCGACUCGGAGAAGAGGGGCGCCAUCUCGACGGAAAUCGUGGGCACCAUAUUGCGCAUGAUGGGCCAGGCCGUGAACAGGCAGAUCCUCACCGCGGUCAUCGAGGAGGUGGACGUGGACGGCUCUGGGAUGCUUGAGUUCAACGAGUUCGUUUUACUGGCGCAGAAGUUCAUGAACGAGGAGGACGAGGAGGAGACCAAGAAGGAGCUGUACGAGGCCUUCAGACUCUACGACAAGAACAGCGAGGGCUUCAUCCCGACCGGUGUGCUGCGGGAGAUCCUUCACGAGCUGGACGACAAGCUCACCAACGAGGAACUGGACGGCAUCAUUGACGAGAUCGAUCAGGACGGAUCCGGCACGGUGGACUUCGAUGAAUUUAUGGACAUGAUGACUGGCUAAGGGGGGGGAGGGGCGUGUCAUGAGUCAGACGAACCCUCCACCCCUCACCGCCCCCCUUCUGCUCCCCCCCCUUCGUGACCGCAUCGUUACGUCACACCCACCGCCCAAUGAGAGGGUAGAUAUGAUAGUCUUCUGCCCAUACCCGUUCACCCAUCCACCCACGGAGCCUGUCUACUUGUUCAUCUGCUUGUUUGUCUGUUUGUCUGUCACGCCCACCACCACCACCAGCCCCGCCCCGCUACCCAUCGCAAAACAUCAAGAAACAACACCAAUAUGAACUGUAAACACACUUCGGAGCCUGUCUGUCUACCUGUAACCUCCUGUCUGGCUGUCUCUGUUUAUCUCGCCCACCACCAGAAGCAGCGCCCCGCCACGCCCACUGCAAAACAUCUACCAGUAACAACACCAUUAAGAAAAAGCCAUAAUAUAACGUCAAUUGCGUAUGCCCCCAACUUUGCUUACGGCACGCUGGUAUAAUUAAUCUACCAAACACCGCAUAUACUCCUUCAUAAGUUGAUCUCACUCUCUAAGGCAAAGGUACGGAGGAUUGAGGAGUGAAUCUAACCCUCUUGGAAUGUUCACAGUCGAUUCCUUUGAAGACGUGGCCUUAAAAACAGUGUGGCACAAAAAAUAGACCUUUGACACGGUAAUAGAUCAUGAACAACCUAGUCAAAUAAUGAAGGAAAGUUAGUGGAGGAAAGAACAUCAGUAUCAACGGUUUGUCUAUUAGGAAAUGGAAUCAAUGGUAUAUGUGAGAGAAUAAACUUGGCAAACAAUGAAGAAAUGGAAAUGGAAGAAAACAUUGAUAAUAAUAAUUCGCCUAUAAAGUUGACCUCUCUCUCUAAGGCUAUAUAUGGUACGGAGGGUUGAGGAGUGAAUCUAACCCCCUUGGAAUGGAAUCAAUGGGGAGAGAAUAAACUUGGCAAACAAUAAAGAAAUGGAAAUGGAAGAAAACAUUGAUAAUAAUAAUUCGCCUAUAAUGUUGACCUCACUCUCUAAGGCUAUAUACGGAGGAUUGAGGAGUGAAUCUAACCCCCUCGGAAUGUUCAGAGUCGAUACAUCUGAAGCAAUGAAGAAAUAACAGUGUAUGAAAAAAACAAAAAUACACACCGACAGUUCAUCUCUCAAGUAAUGGCACCAAUAUAUAUACACAAGAAUAAACCUGUCAUAAAAAAACGAAAGCUCUCGUCAUAAAUAUAAGAACCAAGGUAGUAUAUAGAUCAAGGUAUGCAAACAUGUCUCAACGUCUCCUUCACUUCCCCUCGCUUCUCCGUACACACCCACCCAUACAGCCUCCCUCCCUUGCUAGGCCAUCAUUCACACCUGUUAUGAAAAGGUGGAAGGUGAAAAAACUAUUAAAUAUUCACCGUUUCCCUCCCUCUUCUCUCCUACCUUUCCUUUAACUGCUACAAUUUUUCUCUCUUUUUCUUCCUCCUCCUCUCACAUUUAGAGUUUCAAGUGGACGCGUGCAAGAAUGGGCUGCAAUUGCGGUUAAGUUUGUGGCCUUUUUUUGUACACUUGCAUUCUUUAAGUUUGGUUGGGUGAGUCAUAUUAUAUAGCGCCACUUUUUUUCAACUUUUUCUCCUCCUCCUCCUCCUGGAUGAAGCUAUUGAGAUACCAAGGUAGUCUUUCCUUUCUAUCCCUCAAACUCUUCAUUAGCCUAGUCUCUCAUUCCUUCAUCUUGUAACGCAACGUCCUCUUCCUCUUCCUCCUCCUGCAUGAAGCUACUGGGAUAUCAAUAUAGGGUUUGUUUUAUAUUCCUUGUCUUUCCUUUCUAUCCCUCAAACUCUUCCUUAGCAUAGUCUCUCAUUCCUUCAUCUUGUGUAACCGCUAACACAACAUUCUCCUCCUCCUCCUCCUGCAUGAAGCUACUGGGAUAUCAAUGUAGUGUUUGUUUUAUAUUCCUUGUCUUCCUUUUCUAUCCCUCAAACUCUUCAUUAGCCUAGUCUCUCAUUCCUUCAUCUUGUGUAACCGCUAACGCAACAUUCUCCUCCUCCUCCUCCCACAAGUACUAAAAUAUCAUGAUAAGGUUCGCGGAAUGACGUCAGACCAUCAAGUUACCCUUCCCUCAGCCCCCAACCAAGCCAUAUAUUUAGAGACUAUUUGACACACUGAACGUUCUUACCGCGGCCUCCAUCCCUCCCUCCCUCGCUCGCUCGCUUCUUGGGGCAAAAACAAGAUUAAUAAAAAAAAGACAUCCGUAUAUUUAGCUUCAUGUCUGAGGGUGUAACUGUGGUAUUUUUUUUCUCUCUGGGGUCUCGUCAUGUCUCGCUCAAGGCCGCUAUACAUAAUCACCGUCAUAAAGGAGAAUGGAGAGAGAGAGAGAUAGACAGAGGAAAAUGACAGACAGAGAGAGAGCUACCAUGGAUUUCAGAGGCCGUGUUAUAUAGUUUUUUUGGGAUUUUUUUUUUUAACAAAGCAUCGGAGAGUUGAGGGAUUUAUAGACGGAGGGAAAAGACAGAAAAAUCGCUAAUAUGGGUUUCAGAGGCCGUGUUAUAUCGUUUUUUGGGGGAUUUUUUUGAACAAAGCGUCGGAGAGUUGAGGGAUUUAUAGACGGAAGGAAAGACAGAAAAAUCGCUAAUAUGGGUUUCAGAGGCCGUGUUAUAUCGUUUUUUGGGGGAUUUUUUUGAACAAAGCGUCGGAGAGUUGAGGGAUUUAUAGACGGAAGGAAAGACAGAAAAAUCGCUAAUAUGGGUUUCAGAGGCCGUGUUAUAUCGUUUUUUGGGGAUUUUUUUGAACAAACCGUCGGAGAGUUGA